CACACUACAACUCUCUCUCUCUCUCUGACUCACAUACAAACACACAGAGACAUGGGUGUGUUGAGGUUUUCAUGCUUUUGUGUGUUGUUCAUGGUGUGGAGAAGUGCGGUUAUGGUUCAAGGUCAAGAAGGUGCAUUUGCACCGGAGGUUAGUGAAAGGAGAAGAGAGUUGGUUCCUGCUAUGUUCAUAUUCGGAGACUCUCUCAUUGACAAUGGCAACAACAAUAACCUUCCUUCUUUUGCCAAGGCCAACUACUAUCCUUAUGGUAUCGAUUUCAAUGGUGGUCCUACUGGCCGCUUCUCCAACGGUUACACCAUGGUCGAUGAAAUCGCUGAACUGUUGGGACUACCUCUGCUUCCGGCAUACUCUGAUGCCUCCGGAGAUCAAAUGCUUCACGGUGUCAAUUAUGCCUCAGCCGCAGCAGGGAUACUUGACAUGACUGGCAGAAACUUUGUGGGUCGCAUACCAUUCAACCAACAGAUACGGAACUUUGAGAAUACUCUUGAUCAGAUGACAGACAAUCUGGGUGCAGUAGAUGUGGCACAGGCGCUGGCACGGUGCAUAUUCUUUGUGGGGAUGGGAAGCAAUGACUACCUAAACAAUUACCUCAUGCCCAAUUACCCAACAAGGAAUGAGUAUAAUGGUCAACAAUAUGCUGAUCUCUUGAUUCAACAGUACAACGGCCAAUUGACUAGACUUUUCAAUCUUGGAGCCAGAAAAUUUGUAAUAGCGGGUAUUGGAUUAAUGGGCUGUAUUCCAAGCAUACUAGCCCAAAGUACAACUGGUCGUUGCUCAGAAGAAGUGAACCAACUGGUUCUGCCAUUCAAUGCCAACAUGAAGACAAUGAUCAACAGUCUCAGCAACAAUCUGCCUGGCUCGAAAUUUGUUUUUAUUGACAUUCACAAUAUGUUCCAAGACAUCCUCACCAACUACAGAUCUUAUGGAUUUAGCGUGAUAAACCGUGGGUGCUGUGGCAUUGGGCGAAACAGUGGGCAGAUCACGUGCCUUCCGUUCCAAACGCCAUGUGCAAACAGAGAUCAGUAUGUUUUCUGGGAUGCGUUCCACCCAACAGAAGCAGUGAACGUUUUAAUGGGGAGGAAGGCUUUCAGUGGAAACCAAGAUGUCGUUUAUCCGAUCAAUAUAGAGCAGCUUGCCAAUCUUUGAUCUGUAUGCAUGUAUCUGCCUGCCUGAUUGUUUCAUAAUUUGGAGGAUGGAAUAGAACUGUAGGAAAUCUGGGAAAUGUGAUGGUUGUAAUGCUAUCGUAGCUUUCACUGGAUAUGGUAGUGUUUUUGUCAUUUGCUGCAUAAGAUUGUUUUUUCUUGAACCUUUUCCCUUCCUACCUUGAGUGCUAAUUUACGAAA